ACGCGACCGACGCUGUUCGCGCCGUUCGCCAUUAGUGCUUAAAUCUCAUUCUACUACGUUUGUUAUUGUUAUUUGUUUUUUAUAUUUAAAUAUUUGUUUUGGAUACUUGAGAACAAGAUAAUUGUCGUUCUUUAAGUCAUUGUCUAAAAUUCCAGCCAAGAAGAUGUGGUACAUAAAUCUGAAAGGACGUCGAGUAUAUUUAACACCAAAGGAAGAAUUUACAUUCGGCAGAAAGAGUGGAGAUCUCUCACUUCCAAACGAUCAGUCACUUAGCAGAUUACAUGCUUCUAUUUGCGUGAUACCAAAGAAGGAGCUAAAGGUUGGGAAACCGACUUCAAUCUGUAUCGUAAAAGAUCUAAAUUCAAAAUACGGGUCAUAUAUCUUACAUGGAGACAAUAAGACACAAAUCUCUGCAGAAGGGUAUCAAUUAAAGGAUGGUGACCAAAUACAGCUUGGACUGCAAGAUACUAUACUUACGGUAGUACAUGUACCCAUAGUGACACUAACUUCAUCUUUAAAUCAUGAAGAUAAAACGAACCUCGCAAGAUUAAUGACCAAGUAUAUUGAUGGAGUAAUAGCUAACAAAUGGGUGAAAUGUUGUACUCAUUUGACAGCAGUAAAGCCUAUACUAACAGAAAAGGUCACUUUUGCCAUGGCUGCCGGAUUACCGAUAGUAACUCUGGAGUAUUGGGAGGAAAUGAGAUUUGCUAUGAAGAACGGUCAACCGCUGCCAGAUCCAAAAAAUUAUACGCCAUUGAUCGCGGAAUCAGUGAUCAAUAAAAACGAUGUAUCGCUUUGUCCAAAUAUGGAGAGGAAAACAUUGUUUGCGGAUAGAAUAUUUGUAUUCUUAUGUAAAGAGCAAUAUGAGUCGUAUCGGCAGAUAAUCGAAUUGGCAGGUGGCAACGCAGUUGUUUAUUCACGUGAAAGUUUUGCUAUUAGAGACCUUUGUUCUCCAAAUGUCAUAGUUCUCCAAUAUCCUUUCACCGAUGCAUCAGAAUCUACGCAAAACAUCGUGCCAGAUUACGACAAAAUAUGCGAUGCACUAAGUGCGUGCCAUAGAAAAAUGAUACUAGCAACAGAGAUUCCUAUUUCAUUGUUGUAUUGUUCUACAAAAAGAUUCUGUAAUCCGACGUUUAGAAUGGAGAAGUUAUUGAAACAACGAGCAGUCAAAUCUGAUAAAUCAAAGGUUCUAGUUAUAGAUACACAGGAUCCAUCAUCUGACGUUAGGAUCUUACCGAACGUAAUAUCUAACAUACCUGUGCGAGUAGCAGUUGAUCAUCAUAAACGUUCAAUACAGAUUAUUCCGGAUACUUGUGAUAAUUUUAACACACAGAAUAAUGAUUCAAUUCCGAAUCAAGCUAAUGAUGAGUCAACAUUUCUCAAGUCAGAGAAUGUUACCGUAAGGAAAGGAGCUCGCAAGAGAAAGGCAGAAAUUAUUCCUGAAACUGUCGAAUCAUUGCCUCAGGAAAAAGAAGAAUCUAGUGGAAAUGAAAAGGGAGUGAGAAUUAGUUUUGUAGAUGAUGUGAUCCUUAUUCCUGACACAAACGAAUCUCCUCUUAAGGAAAGGAAUACUAACGUACACACAUCACAAAAGACAGUUACAUGUAUUCCUGAGACAAAUGAUUCGACUCAAGAAAAUACACCGGAAUCCGACGAUCUCAACAGUUCGAAAAGAAGGAAGGUGUCUCCUGCAGGAAAUCCUGUUUGUAUCCCCGAGACGAUUAAUUCAAGGUCUCUCAAUAUAUCAUCUAAAAGUACGCAGCCUCAUACUCAUAAAAAUAAAAGUCUCACUAACGAAGAGUCAUCGAAUUCGAGAGAAAUACAUGACAUGCUAAACCAAUUGCCCGAAAUACAACUAGUACCGAAAAAAUCUACUUUCAGCAGCGUAUCGAAGGAGAAAAAGGAUGUAGCAACUGUUGAUAAAGAUCUUACGACCGAAGCAUCGAAUGAUAGAAAUAAAGAUAAGAAAGGCAGUCAACGAAUACAAAUAAUUCCAGAAACGCCACAGAAUGAUUUUACAAAUUCUGAUGGAAAUCUUAUGCAAACACCAACUGCUUCGAGCAAAGACUCGAGCAGUAGUGAUGUCGAGAUAUCAAUCGUGAAAUCUAUUAUUAACGACGUAUUAGAAAAGAAAAAAGAUGUAGAAACUCUUGAUAAAAAUCUUACGGGAGAAGCGUCAAAUAAUAGAAGCAGAGAUAAGAUUAGGAGCAGUUCGGAGAUAGAAAUAGUCCCAGAAACGCCAGAGAAAAAUGUUGAAAAUUCUGAGGGAAAUCUUAUGUCAACACCAACUGCUUUCAUCAACGACAUAAACAAUAGUGUCGAAAUACCGAUCAUGGAAUGGCAGAUCCCAUUAAACAAAGAAGUCGACAAAAAUCGUAAUAAGUCCACAGAAGAACACAGUAACCAGAUUGUUACAAGCAGUACAGCGAGUCCAAAUCAACAGACAACGGUACCUCUUCGAGAGUCUUCUACUCCUGUAUUUAACCGUCAUUCCUUGUGUUUUCGUAAACCUAUUGGUAAAACCUUUAAAAAGGCUUAUUGUAAAAGACCGCAUCCAUACUUCAAUUUCGCGGGUGGUGACAAGCAUUUGUGGAAGACACACGAAACAACCUGAAGUUUUUUCUAUCUUUAUAAUAAAAUAUAAGUAAUUGUUAAUAUUUAUGUAGUUUAGUGUCAAGAUUGGCUACGCCCAUCGGAAGUAUUCUGGAUUACAAACACGUUCUUAAGUUUUUCAAUUUAGAAAAAUUGUAAGCGUCCUGUUUAUUUAAUAACAAUAAUCUUUAUUUACAAAUAAAUAAAUACAGA